AUGACGUUGAAAGUUCUCAUUUGUGGUGGAGGCGUUGCAGGUCCGGCCCUGGCCUACUGGCUCGCCCGACUGGGUCAUCAAGUUGUCAUCGUCGAACGAUUCCCGGCUCUGAGAGCAACAGGUGCCCAAAUUGAUCUCCGUGGCCAAGGCAUUGAGGCUAUCAAACGAAUGGGCCUCAUCGACGCGGUUCGCAGAAAGCUCGUUGACGAAGCAGGCGUCUCCUUUGUUGACGCCAAGGGCAAUGUUAAGGCGACGAUUCUCGCUAAUAAGUCUGGCAAGGGUGCACAAUCUCUGACAUCCGAAUAUGAGAUCAUGCGUGGGGAUCUUGUGCGCAUAUUCUACGAAGCAACAAAAGAUACAGUGAAAUAUCUCUUUGACAGAACGGUGGAGAGCUUCACGGAAAGUGAACAAGGGGUACUCGCGUACUUUUCUGACGGCUCUUCUGACACAUUCGACGUUCUUGUUGGAGCAGAUGGGCAGGGCUCGCACAUUCGGAGGAACAUUCUACCUCCUGGUGAGCCGGAUGUAUAUCACCAGCUCGGGGUACACAUGGCAUACUGGUUCGUCCCAUGGGCUGAAGGCGACAACAAUAUGUGCAAGUCAUAUAUCAGCCCCGGCGGUCGAUCGAUCCUGUCUAGAAGCCAUAACAAAACGGAAACCCAGGUCUACUUCACGCUUAGAUCAGACUCCGAGGAAUUACGGGAGGUUCCAAAAGGUUCAGUAGGGCAGCAAAAGCUUUUUUGGGCCGAAAAAUUCCGCGAUGCCGGGUGGCAGGCCGAUCGCUUUAUCAAGGGGAUGGAGACUACAGAGAACUGGUUCUGUCAGAAUGUCGUUCAAAUCAGGACAAAUACCUGGCACUCCGGUCGGGUCGUCCUUCUCGGUGAUGCAGCGCACUGCCCUUCUCCCAUAAGUGGUAUGGGAACAAGCACCAGUCUAGUUGGAGCAUAUGUUCUGGCUGGAGAGCUUGCUCGCAGUAAAGAUCUGUCUCAAGCGUUCCAAAAUUACUCCCAGAUUCUGCGACCGUUCAUCGACGAGGUUCAGCAGUUCGACGUUGGGUGGAUCCGAUGGGUUCUCCCGGACUCGCAGUGGGCGACCUCUCUUGUUCAUCUGAUUCUCACAGUGGUUUGCUUUCUUCGCAUACCACAGCUCAUAGCACGAUUUUCCGAUGAUCGGGGUGGAGACUGGAAAUUCCCUGAUUAUCCGGAGCUGGACGACGAUCGCGUUAAUCGGCCAGACAUUCAAUGUGCGUCAGAAAAAUCAGGAGAUGAGAUGUGA